UGUCUUCGGAUGACUUCUCUUCGUUCAAAUUUCGCAUUUUAUUAUGCCGGAAUUAGUUGUCUUCGGAUGACUUAUCAUCGUCUUAUCGCCCCCUUCAUUUUCCAUGCUAUUUUUAUCAGAACCUACUAAUUUUCUUUCUCAAUUUGACUUUUUCUUGCUUUACUUUUUUUAUAAAUCCUUUUAAUUUUUUAAAGAUUUACCUCUUCCAACAAAUUUGCUUUAAAAAUGUAUAAAAAACUAAGCAAUUCAAAUCAAAAAAUAUCACCAACUUUAUUACUUCAAACAAUUCAAUUUUUAAGUCGAACUAUUUUUAAUGAAAUUAAAAAUAAUAAAGAAAAUAAAUAUUUAAUUUUUGAUAAUAAUUUAUUGGAUUUAUAUAUGAAAAGUAUGGUUAUAACUGCCAAAAUGGAGUCUAUUGGAAUUAAAUUAGAUAGAAGAAAAGCAGGCAAAAUGGUUUCUUAUAUUUUGGAGAAAAUGGUUUUUAUUGAAGGGGAAAUUUAUAAAUUGGCUGGGGAAAGAUUUAAUUUAGAUUCGGCAUCCGAAGUUUCAAAAAUUCUCUUUAUAAAAUUACAAUUAAAUUUGCCUGAACAUAUAAUUACAAAUAAUAAUUGUAAAACUCGUAAAAGGCAUCGAAGACAUUUUCCAACAAAUGCUUCUGUAUUAAAACAAAUAAAUCAUCCAAUUUGUGUAAAAAUAGAAAAAUGGAGAAGAAUGGCAAAUGCUCUUUCUUGUUUGAGAAGUCUUCUCGCUUCUGUUUCAAGUGGAGAUUCUCGUAUAUAUACUCAUUUUGAAAAUAUUGGAACAAUAACUGGAAGAGUUUGUUGUUUUUCUCCAAAUUUACAAUUUAUAUCGAAAAAGUCUUUAUUUGAUGAAAAAACAGCAAUUUCUGUUCGGUCAAUUUUUGUUGUGCCGAAUGAAUUGGCAAAAAUGUUAAAAGAAGAAGAUCCUUUUGAACGUAUUUCUAUUGAAUUUGGAAGGUCUAUUAAUUCAAAGAAUAAUGAAAAAGGAAAUAAUGAAAUUGUUGGUAUUGGACGUGAAAAGGCAAAACAACUUUGUUAUGCAAUAAUUUAUGGAAUGGGUGCUACAACUUUAGGAAAUGAAUUAAAAAUUCAAACAGAAGAAGCACAAUUAUUAAUUGAUGGAUUUUUUAAACUAUUUCCAAGUAAAUAA